GCAGGGCGCGCCCCGCCGCCGGUGGGCUGGGCCUGACCGGGCCGGGCCGUGGCAGCGCGGCUGCCAACGCGGAGACAGCGCGGGAGAGGCGCUGGGUAUGGCUCCGGCAGCGACGGCCGGGAUCUCGCCGACUGCUCCCUCACUGGGCCCGGCAGGUGCCUGGCUGGGCAACCGCUCUGCUCUCGGUAAUGGAGAGUUUUUCCAGUUUUUGUCAAGCAGUGACUUACAGACAACUACUCUGACAACUAAGACUGAUGGCAAUGAUGGCAAGCCUGAACACCUAGAAUAUAUUGCUUUUGCAUUGGUUCCUGUUUUCUUCAUCAUGGGUCUCCUGGGGAUCCUGAUCUGUCAUGUCCUGAAGAAAAAAGGAUAUCGUUGUACAACGGAGGCAGAACAAGUAGAGGAAGAAAAGUUUGAUGAAAAAAUAGAAAUGAAUGAAACAAUACAUGAGAAUAGCGACACUGUGGGACAAAUUGUUAACUACAUUAUGAAAAAUGAAGCAAAUGCUGAUGUGUUAAAGGCCAUGGUGGCAGAUAGCAGUGUCUUUGAACCUGAAAGCCCUUUAUCUCCUACCUCUCCUGGGAGUCCAACAAGUCCAGGAUCUCCUUUGUCACCUGGUGUUAUUCCAUUUAAACACAGCUGUAAAGGCCAUCACUUCCAUACUGUUGGAGGAGCAAUAGAACAGGAUGUUUGUACUCGUUGUAGCCACAAACGAUGGCACCUCAUAAAGCCAGCUCAUAAAUCUAAAGAGCACAGAAGAAGUCGUAUCGGAGAAGUUACAGUCCUUUCUGUGGGAAGAUUUAGAGUCACAAAAGUGGAGCACAAAUCUAAUUCCAAAGAACGGAAAAGCUUGAUGUCUGUUACCGGUGUGGAGAGUAUCAAUGGUGAUAUGCCUGCCACACCUGCAAAACAGGAGGACACUGAAGUGCCUGCCACACCUGUGAAACAGGAGGUGCGAGAGAGAAGAAGCUCCGAGUAAACUGCAGGUGGAACUUUUAGAAGAAACUUGUUCGCUAGCACUUUGGAAAAAACUGAAAACUCCCAAGAGAAGUAUACUAUUUAAGGAAAUGUAUUUAUGGCAUUGUUGCAUUUUACAAGUUCUGUGAUGGCAUUCAUGCAAGGGUAAACACUGAUUUUUACUGGUGCAAAGCCAUUAAGAUUUAGACACUUAAAUGUUGUUGACUUUUGUGGGCCUCGUAUCAAAUGUUGGGCUUCAUCUGUGAGAGAAAACCUAAGGUUUAGGACAGGAAAGUUAAAAGACUUACCAAAUCUUAAUUUUUUUUUUUUUUUUUUAAACUUAGACAAGCAUUUUUAGUGAGCUCAGUAUUACAUGUAAUAUGAUUACCCUAUGGAUAAACUGUGUUCACCCCUCUAGUCCAUCUGGAUUUUUCUCCUUUGUUUUGCCCUUCCAGAGUUGACAAGUGUUUGUUGAAGAUAAAAGCAAGCCUUUGGAAGAUGAAAAUACUCUUUUAAUCUAACCACUAGUAGCCAAGCAAAACAUACAGGGAGAUCAUUAUGUCAGCCAAAAUCUGCAUGUGUGCCUUUAGUACGUAAGCCCUUGGACUCUAAAGGUUGCUUCACGUUAGAGUGGCUUAGUUAUAUGCAGAAGUCAAAUUGUUUUCUUCCUUCUCCUUACUCCCCCUUACUACUUGACAUAGGCUGAACAGCAUUUUUUUCUAUGUAGCUGUGUAAGCUAUUGGGAAUUUACUUUCCUCAAGGCCACUUGUUUCACGUUUUCUUGUACCUACUCGCUUGUGUUUGAAGAAUGUCUAAUAGUUCUGCCUUUUUUUUGUUUUUAUCCACAGGCUCCUAAUUAAGCUAAGGCAACACAUUUCAAACAUUAGAUAAGGAUAUGGAAUAUCUGACAUAAAAAGUUUUCUGGGGUAUAUGCUAAAGUACUUCAGAGUGGCUUUAUUGGACUGAGGGUAGUUUUUUUUUCAUUGGCACUGAAAUCUUGAGUCACUCCCUCCAUGUUUGAAGUAUGACUUACUGCUAAAAAUACCAGUGAUGGUUCUGUGAUAUUAAUUCUUUGUGUCAGCUUAUCAUGAUUUCUGCUUUGUCCUGUUACUCGUUAUGGGGAGGCAAAUCUUUGCAAUACUUCAGCAAACUUUGCUGUGUAAUAGAAACUGAAAAAUAUCAUUUGCUCUGAGUGCCUAAGAAUAUAAGUUCUAAUGUAAUGCAUUUUAGUGGAGAUUGCAGUAUAUUCUAAGAACUAUAAAGUAAUUUAAUCU